GGUACCUGGAGGAGCGGCCAGGGCAACACGCAGACCCCUGUGCCCCCCCUCCCCAGGUCCCAGCCGCUUCCUGGAGCGGCGCGGGGGCAAGGCAGGCAGGCGGCCGGGCUGGAGCCACUCUAGGUGGCUUAAGUGCUGUUGUGGGUUAUCCACUGGAUACAGUAAAGGUGAGAAUUCAGACGGAGAGGAGCUAUAAUGGAAUUUGGCACUGCAUUCGAGAAACAUACAAAGCUGAAAAAGCAUGGGGAUUUUACAAAGGCAUGUCACUGUCAGUCUCCACAGUGUCGCUUGUUUCUUCUUUUUCAUUUGGAGCAUACAGAAACUUCCUUUAUAACAUCUGCAGAUUAAGAUAUGGCACUUCAGAUGUGAAGCCAUCAAAGGUGGAUAUUUCUCUUGCUGGAUGUGCUACUGGUGCUGUUCGGGUGGUGCUAAUAUCGCCUACCGAAACAGCUAAAGUUCGAAUGCAAACUCAGAAGCAAUCACAUUACUCAGUUACAGCAUCUCACCUCCCCAAGCCAAAGUAUCAAGGACCUGUGCAUUGUCUGAGGAUGAUAGCAAAAGAGGAAGGUUUUGGGGGUCUAUACAAAGGUUGUUCUGCAUUACUGUGCAGGGACUGCCACUCAUUUGCAACGUAUUUCCUAACCUAUAAUAUCCUGUGUGAUUGGUUUACUCCAGCUGGAAAAAAUAAACCAGACAUACUGACUGUGCUUAUUUCUGGUGGCUCUGCUGGAGUGUUUGGGUGGGCCGUAGCUACUCCUAUGGAUGUAAUUAAAUCGCGACUGCAAGUAGAUAACUUGGGACAACGCAAGUACAAAGGACUCGUACACUGCAUCCGAGUAAGUGUGAAAGAAGAAGGAAUAAGAGUUCUUUUCAAAGGACUUGGAUUAAACUGCAUUCGUGCUUUUCCAGUGAACAUGGUGGUGUUUGUAACAUAUGAAGGUGUAAUGAGACUUGCAGACCAUCUUAUGAAGUAAAAGCAUAUUACAUCACUCGAUUUUAAGGUGGCUGCUUCCUUUGAGAAGACUUUUCAUAUAACAGAACACUCAAACAACAGUCCACCAACGGAGGUCUUGGGUGAAAUCAGUAGACUUAUGGGGGCGUGAAAUACAGAAUUGGAGAGAAGUGGCUGAUUACUACUACGUUUCGUCCAUUUAGUUGUCUUGUCAAGUUGUCUCCUACUUUUGUACAAACUUGAUCUAACUUGUGUAGCACCUUUCUUCACCUGGUUACCUGUUUUAGUGGAAAUAUCCUUACGGGUUUUGAUGGACAGGCCUGUAUUUUUCUGGAUCCUGCCUCAGCUCAGUAGGGUGUAACUUCUGUAUUCCCAUAUGAAUUUAUUUGGCGGUGCCUCAACCCCCCCUUGCUCCUUCCUGGCAGGGCAGGGUCACCAGGGCAGCUUGGAAGUAAAAUUCUAACCAUCAUAACCCACUUACUUGCCAACUCCCAAGAAAUAACACAAACACACACAAUAUAUUCAACACAGUAAUUAUAUUAAACAGGAAGUAAAUAUAACUGGGUAAAACACUACUCUUGGGGUCACCAGUGCCCACACUGAUAAUAUCUGUCAAUUUCCCCAGUCAUGUGACCUGACACAGCAAAUGCAAAAUUAGUGGCUGGUUGGUACGCGCACUUUAUAGGGGCCCUUGACCACUAUAUUGUCUGUAGCAGCAAUUAGCAACUUGGCUGACUUGGCUUAGUGCAGCCCACACUUGGGAUAAGGUGGUAAGCUCCUCCAUAGGUUAAUAGGCAGGAUUUUUCCCAACAAAGCCCUCUAAACUGGGAGUUGCCUCAAAGAAGGGGCCAAGCUGAGGGAUUUUGCAUCCAGGUCCCCAGAGACUGGUUCUCAGGGGGAACCCUGCAUGCAGGCCUGGGACUCACCAGCUCCCCACACUACCAGUCCUGCCCUUUUUGUGGUUGGCUCCAGACUGCUCCAACAUAGCUCCUCCCUCCUUUUCAGGGCUCCCGAGGCAGGCAUCUCCCUUCCUAUUGGUGCAGCUAGUUAUUCUUCCUGGGCUUGCACUUGCCAGUCAUUUGACGCUACCGCCCUCCUUGCUCUCAGGCACUGCCCCUCCUGUCAGCAGGCACCCUGCUGUCCUCCCCGGGACAACAGGGGCCCUGGACACUCAGUGUCUCUCCUCUCUGUUGCCUAGCAAAAUAAAAACUGGUCUUCACUCCACAUGCGUGAUUAAUAAAACAACACAAACAAACAAGCCCACUUUUGCUGUAAGUCUAACACCAUAUGCUGUGUAUGUACCACAGACACAGGUAAAUUGCAAAUAUACCAAGCAAAGUGUUUUUGAUGUGUGAAUGCUGGGAUCCAGGAAUUGACUGUUCUGUUUUGCUUAAUGUUGCCUUGACUAUGAGCUAUUAAUUGCAACUUUAAUUAUCAGAGAACUAUUUCUUCUGAUAAAUUAUCCAGGCUGAAGGCCAGUCAGCACAAGGAAGACAACACAUUUGCCAUGCUCAUUACCAAACACUUUUUGCCAGAAACUGCAGCUUUCUGUGUAUAAAAGUCUCUUUUGUACCAUGAAGUGAAUGGCCUUACACUUAAAGCAGUGUUGUGAUAGAGGGGCCAGUCUGCGGCAUAUAUUUUUGUCUUGCCUUUUACUUCCUGUUUCUGAGGCAAUGUUCUCAGCUAUUGCCAUGUGGUUUCCAGGGUGCAUCACACUAAGAAGUGAGGCAAUUUAGCGAGGCUAGUCACAAGGAGUAUUUGUCAUUUUGAACCAUGCUUCAUUCUGGAGAGCCAUAUUUUUGAGUUACUCUUGUUAUGCCAAACCUACUGAGACACUGUGGCAAUAGCUUUGAUAGCUUUUAUACCCUUAAGUGCCCCCACAUAGUUCAUCUGUAGAUAGCUGUCCAGCUUUACUGCCCUGUUAUGGAGUGCUGGAGACUAACUCUGAGCUCAGGUUCAACUGGCAGUAUGCAGUGAGCAGAAUCUCUUGGAGGAAUCCUUAAUUCACAGGAACUAUAGAGGAUCCAAACUUGGGGGCAACUUCAGACCUUACAGAGUUUGGACAAGCAGUAUCUGUGAGUGACUGAUCCAGUCUUUGCAAGAACAGGGACAGGGGCUAAAAGAAGUGUGAAAUGAAAGUAGAUGCCCCUGUUAAGUACCGGGAGCUGAAAGAAGAAAUUAAACAAACUUGAUCCAUAUUUUUAUUAUACUGACGUAAACAAAAUACCAGCAAGUCAAGGUAAAGUUUGUCAGUUGAUCAUUAUCUGACAAAAGUUCUCAAGGAUUUCAUUGAAACUUUUGAAGACUCUGUUCUCCCCUGACCUCUGGGAUUUGUUGAGUGACAUUUUCCAGUGGAAAUUUGAGUUGGUCAGUCUUGUUUGGAAAAUAUUAAUCUGGCAGUUGUUAUAUGUAAACUUCAGUUUUCAGAAACGUACUUUUUUGUAAGAAAUAACUACAGUACUUUAUUAAAGCAUUAUAUCAGCAAACAUGUUUAAUUCAUUCUGUUUUCACAUUCCUUUCUAGUACUCUCCAGCUGGAUUUUAGAUACUUAAAUACAAAAUAAAUCUGUACAUCCGAGUUAAAA